AAAUAAACUAAACAAACUCAAUAAAAUUCAUGAGUGUUGCAAAAACUACAAAUGUUAUUUUAAAACGCAUAUAUAAGCAAAAAAUCGAUUUUCGAGCGCAUGUCUGUCAUGUAAACGUGAUAAAUCCUGGAGCGGCAUCGGGAUAUCGGGAGAGCCCAUAUCAGCACUUGCUUACAAGGACAAUUAUUGCUCUGAUAAGCUUAUUUGAUAGUUUUUUUUAUUAAAUCGUGUGGGUAUUUGCGGUUGUGUGUGUAUUAAGAUUUUAUUAGUGUUAAAUAAGUUAAAAAACUACAGCCUUAAAAAAAAAUGGGAAAACAUCUGCAGACCGUCGCAGCUAUGGCUUGCAUGAAGAGUUUCCUUAUGGUGUUUAAUGUUAUAUUUUGGGUUUCUGGAGUUGCUAUUUUAUCUAUUGGAAUAUGGAUGGAAGUUGAACUGCAUAAAUAUAUGGAAAUGAGUACCGAGUUCAGUGGUACUGCUCCAUACGUCCUAAUAGGUACUGGUACGCUGAUAAUAUUAAUUGGUACUCUCGCGUGCUGCUGUACUGUUAAGGGGCAACCUGUGUUACUAUACGUGUAUGGCGCCUUUCUGGCCAUAGUUUUCGUACUAGAAUUGGGAGCCGGAGUAUCAAUCUUCGCUUACCGUGCUAAACUUACCGAUGGUUUUGACAAAGGGCUCACUAGGGCUAUGAUGAACUAUCAUAAUGAUAGUAACAGUCAAGUGUCUUCCGAUUUGGAUUUGAUACAAAAAACCUUGCAUUGUUGCGGUAACCAUAGAGCACGUGACUGGUUAGAUCUCCCACACGCCCUACCAAUUCCACCCUCGUGUUGCAUUAAGGACGGAUGCAAUACAGAAUUGGAAAAGGAUGAAAUUUAUACUCAGGGAUGCUAUGAAAAGGUAAUUGACUUUCUCGAUGCCAACAUUGGAAUAGUAGCUGGCGCAGCGGUAGGAAUCGCUUUCUUUCCACUACUUGGAGUCGCCCUCUCUUGCUGCUUGGCAAGCAUCAUUAAUAAAGCUAAAUAUGAACCGAUGGCUUGAAAGAAAACCCGAAGUAUCCUAAAUUUAUUAGAAAGGGAUCUUUAAAUUUACACAUUCUUUCACUAAACUAAGAAUGUUUUUCCACUUUCUAUCCCUUUCCUUCUUACUUAGCUAUAUUGUUCUAACUUGUUCAAUUAAUUAUAUAUUCCGAAUCAAUUACCUUAUAUAUCAACGAAAACUAUUACUCCAACCUACAUAUUAUAUAUAUUAAUUAUAAGAGUUUAUCAUUAUAUAUUAUCUUACACCUUUUGUAAGGAAAAAUGAAGCUCAUUUAACAGCAGACUAAAAAAACUGAUUUUUGAACUAUUUUUAUCCAAAAGUAGACACCAUAAAAUAAUGGAAAUAUUUUUUAAUUGUUUAUGUAUGUAUAUAUGACAUUAGAUUUUUUUAGAACGCUCUAAGAACGUGAGUGAUAUUAAUGUUAUCGAGAACUGAAUUAUUAAGAGCAGUAGAAGUAUAAUUACAGGAAAGUUGCACAAGUUAUAUUUAAUAUGCGCACUCUAUUGACUGUUACGCAAAUAUAUAAACGGUAAUCAAGUUUAAUGUAAGCAUGUUUAAUCAACAUUUUAAUAUUUUAACAAAAAUAUAUAAUAAAAAUAUUUAACAUAUAAAA